CCAUUCCAAACAUACCUUCUUGCAGAUUUAGACAAUCUGCAAUUUGUAUUUAGUUUUUGCCGGCGUUUUUGUUUAUAAUUAUAAGUAAAUUAAUUCCUCAAGAAAACAGAACUUCAAAAUGCAUUUUGAAGAAUUGGAAGCAUUAGAUCCACGAAAUCCAACAUUAUCUCGAAUAGAAACUCCAACACCACACAAAGUGGCAGUGUUAAUAUUGGUGCAACAAUACAUCAAGGCUAAAAAAGCGGCCAAUGACGCUGGCAUACCUUAUCCCGCCCAAUCACGACGUAAUUUCUGCAUGCUUCUCUUGAAAUUAAUACAAUAUCCGGAUAUGACCUACAAUGAUUUGUACCAAUUAUUGUGCUCGACUAAAUACAAAAUAGAUCCUUUACAUCUGGAAGGGUUUGAAAAGGUUAUGUCUGAUUUGUUUUCUUUGGGCAUUGAGACAUUGUUUGACUUUGCUGAAAUGGAGAAUAUUGAAAAAAUGUUAGCGGAACAAUUGGGUGUCAGCCAAUUUAGUUUGGUUGGAUUGUAUAUAAGACGUGUGGGAGUUAUUUUGGAACGUCUGUCAUUUCCUCAGAUGAUGGCUUUGCAUAAAAAUAUUUGCUUGUAUUAUGAAAAGGGCAUUCGUUCCCUUACCAUUGGCCCCCGCAAACUGAUGCGCGGAAAUAUGCUUGAUAGUCAUACGGCCAUCAACGAUACCGAUGAUGACAAUACCAUGGAAGAAUCUGUGCUCGAUACCGAAACGGUGCAUCAAGAUCGCAAUCCUCACAGUAAAUGGUCUCCAAAGCAGGCUCAACUGUUUGUCACACAACAGUGUAAUCUGCUGGAAAAAAAUGAGCUGCGAGCUUUGCCACCUUUGGAAAUGCAAACAAAACUAAACGAAAUAAUACAAGAUAAUCCGCUCAAUGCCAAAUCCUACUUCCUUGGCUAUAUGAAUCAACUACGUCUGCGUGAUGUCUUUGGUUCGAUAGAUGCUCUACAUCGUUCUUUUGAUCGCAGUCCCAUGCAUAUGAUGGGUCAAUAUGAACAAAAAGGAUUUCAAUAUUUCAGUGUUAAUUUAGCCAUUCUGCAUGCUAGCUUUAAUCAUAAGAAAGAAGCUUUAAGUGCUUUAAGAGAAUGUAUUAUGCUGGCUCAGGAAUGUGGGGAUAAACGUUGCCUAGAUUUAGCCAAUUCUUGGUAUUGUCUUUUGAAUAGCAGUCGCAUAGGACCCUUCGAAAAAAGCUUGCCUGAUAUACAAGAUCCGGGUCUUAUACAGAGUUUGUCGUUGGCUAUUGAAUUCGUGGUGGCUUUUGGCGCCAAAUGUGGUUAUUUGCCUUUGGAUUUGUUUGAAUUACUAUUAAAAAGUGAUGAACUAAAUAACAAAAACUCCUUGCUGGAGCAUAUAUCCGAUUCAUUGGCUUUACGCACUACUUUGUGGGUUUUGUAUGGUCGUUAUGAAAUGUCAGCUUUGUAUUCACAACUUUUACUGAAUUUAAAAAAGACUUGGGUUUUUGGUGAUGUCAGCAAUUCGGAGAGUGUUAGCAAGGUGCUAUCGAAUCUUGCUCUCUGGUUUAAUACACAAGGUGAAUACCAGCUAAGUGCCGUUUUAAUACAUCAUGCACGCACCAGAUUUCCACGUCAUCCUUUUGCCGGCGAUUGGAUGACUAGUGAGUGUCAUAUUUCCAUACAGCAGGCCAUGUAUCGAGGUCGUUGGCAAGAGGCUUUACGCUGGUGCUGUCAACUUUAUUUGCUGGACAAACAUGAUGGCAACAUACAAAGAGCUUCUGUUUAUAUAGCUAAAGGUUAUAACAAUACUGCGCGGGGAAUUUUACAAAAUUUGCUGGCCAAUAAGGAGUUGGAUGUUUUAAGGCAAAUACGCGUCUUAAUACUAUUAGCCUACAAUAGUUUGUCAGAAAAUAAUGUUUCCGCUGAAACCAUAGAACUUUUAAUGCAGGCCUCUGUACUCUCCGAAUCUGCUUAUAUGCAAUACGAACAUGCUCUCAUCGAUACUAUUAUUGCUCAAGUAUUAUUGCAAAUGGGUUUACCACAAAAAGCUUUACAGGCUCUCCGUAAUUCUAUGGAUAAAAUUUACAUAAAUGGUGGCAUUUACGAUCGUGCUAAAACUGAUUUUACAUUUGUACGUUGUCUCGUAGCAGCCGGUAGGGAUCGCGAACAGCAGCACAAACGUUUAGUUAAAUCUCUGGGUAUUUUGGAGAGAGCUGUUGACUUGUUUCGUAAACUGGAAGCUCAUGCUAAAGUUCUGGAUGUGUAUGCUUAUAUUUCGAAAACAUUUAACAAUUUUGGCUUUGUGGCAGAACGUAAUAAGUAUGCUUGCAAGUUUAAACAAUAUUAUACGGAAAAUCCGGUAUGUCGUGAGUAUUUAGGUUUGGCUUUUUAACUUGUAGUUGUAAGUUUUCUUUUUGGCUUUUUUUUAUUUAUAAUAAAAGAAACUAUUAAAUAUUUAUUACCAAAAAAGUAA